UGACCGUGUUGUUUGGUGCCCAGGCCGUGCGUGCCGUCGGCGUCGUGCGACCAUAAACGAUGGCCCGACACACAGCAAGACGUGAUUCAAUGACGUAUCGAGCGACCUGAGCGGUUGCCGCAGUCGUGAGCAUUCCUGGGAGGCUGGGCCCCAACAGUGCCAACACACUACUGCUCAUCCAGCGCGUCGCGAGCGCGGACGCGACUCGGUAAUCAAAAGCGAUGCUCGAGCUCUACUUGACAUACCUCAUCCUCCUGGGCGCGGCCCGGUUACUCUUCCAGCUCUCGCAGCUCGCCACGGCAAUAAUCGUCGGCGGCGCUUUAAUGGCCUAUGUUCAUAGGAAGGACCUGGCCUCUGCUUGGCUCAAGAGUUUCUUUGGGUUAGAUGUCCAGAUCAAGGGUGAAUUAACGUUAGAAGUCGAGUGGCGCGCGGGUGCGAAUAACACGCGCCUCGAGCAGCCUUCUACCUUGACAAAGUUACGAUCUAUACUAACAACGCUAAGAGCGAGGUAUCGUGACGGCGAGAACCCCAUCAGCAAGAUCACGUGUCGGAUUCGAGAUGUCCGAGUGUAUGCGCCGCCGCCCUCUCGCCCGAAGACAGAAAAAUGUCUACAGGUGGACACGUUAGUAUUGCGGUUCCGAUGUCCUUCCCGCACCACGAUUCCGGACGACGGCGAUCCUAGAGGAGAGGCUCGAGUCGUCCUGUCUGUGGCGGCGCACAACGUGCACCUUCAAGUCGCGGCCUACGAUUUGCAGUUCUCGGACACGUCGCUGACACGAGUGUUGAGACGUGUCAAGGACACCUUCGUCGCGCGGGGCGGGAAACGCCUUAAAAAGAUAAGGAGGAAGGACCCCGUGCACGCGUGCAUCGUGACGGACAGGUACGGGGAAUUUCACGUCCAGCCCUUCACGUCGUCCGACGUAGCUGUCUUUGAAUUUGCUGUUGCAAGCCCGGCCUACGCCUGCGUGCUCUUUGAGCGUACUCCAACGGGAUGGCGUAGAACAUCAGCCUAUGGCCUAGAAUAUGCGACGAAAGUUAUCGAAGCAAGAGCGCUAGGCGACGACUUGGGCGGCGGGUUGCUCGACGAGUACUCGUCGGAUCAGAACGAUGUCUCAGUACCAAGGACCAAGCGCUAUCUGCGGACGGAGUCCGUCACGAUCGCGCGAAUAAAAGUGACCGCGGCCUACUGCGAGGAGGACGCCGCGACGGGUCUCGUGAAGCGACGACGACCGCUGGGCACGGGCGCCAUCGUGCGCCACGUCAGUGCGGAAGGUUUGGGGACGCGGCUCGGGUUUUUCGCGUGGUUGAAUCGGUUAGCUCUCAAAUCCUUGGCCUCCACGGGCCUCGACGCGCUGAACAAGGGUGUCCAUCGGGUCGCUGCUUUGUUACAAGAGGAACCAACCGAUGAGGGGGAGUCGAAGCUCUCGUCGGCCAAAGUUGCGUUACGAGGGGCUGCCGAUGGGGGCGGAGCUGUGUUGAGGGGCAUUACGCGCGGCGCCAAGGGGGCCGUGACAUCUAUCGUAAGAGCGGUGCGCGACGGCGACACGAUCGAGGUUUUGUCCUACUUCUGUCGCGUCGCGGAUGAAUCGAUCGGAGGUGUGCUGAAGGGUGCCACCACUUCGUUAGAUGGCGUCCACGACGGCCUGGGCGCGGUGCUGGACACGGCGGCCGCGACGAUGACGCGUGUGCCCGUGGCCGGCGACGUCGCCGGCGGUGGCGUGAACGCGGCGAGGCACGUUUUGUCAGCGGCGUUCGGCGCCGUGCGCGGCGUCGUGUCUGGGGCGUUCCUGGGCUGCCGCGCGUAUGUGAGAGGGGUCAUCGUGGACCGGGAUCCGUUGCGGGCCAUGGGCGCGUCCUCGGCACUCUUUGCUUCUGGAUUGGCCGAUGGCGCGCGGGAUCUGGGCGGCGGGCUCGCGCGGGCGUCGGAGGACGCGCGGCACGGCGUCGGUAGAGCUGGUAGGCGAGCCGGCGCGGCCUUCGAUUGUUUGAGGAGCGCCGGGCCGCCAGACGCGAGUGCGGCGCCGGUGAAUGGUCUGAAUGGUCCGGACGACGGCGAGGCGGACUUCUCGUCGUCGGACUCCGACGACACGCCGCGCGUGGACCCGGACGCGUUCCGUCGACGGUUAGCUCGGCACGCGCGGCGCGCCGACGGCCCGAACUAGUUUUG